GACUAGCGUAAAUAUCUAAGCAUAAUUAGUGUAAGUGGCAGGCAGCUAGGAUCCUUCAUUCCAGCGCGCAAAAAUCGGUUUUUCGUGUUCUCUCUCGGUCGCCGGCUCUCUCAGGUACUGUUCUCUAGAGAUUUUUGUAGUAUGCCACAGCAGCAAGCAUCGGCAAGCUUCUUCCGGAGCGCUCAAGAACACGCUGGUGGUCCGCAAUAAUCCCCAGAGAGGAGAAACCAUGGAGAAGCUUGCUCGCCGCUGCUGCUACGUUUGCUGCUGCCUCAUCGUCUCGAUCCUCGUCGCGGUGGCAGUGAUCGCCAUCGUUCUAAGGGUCGUGCUCAAGCCCAGGGACGUGGACCUCAGCGUCACUCGCAUGACGCUCCAGGAGUUCGAGGCGUCGCUAAACUUCCCGACGUUCACCCCGACGCUCAAGCUCGUCCUGGCCAUGGACGUCCGGGUCUACAAUCCAAACAGGGCCAGCUUCGCCUUCUCUAACAGCACCGUCUUGAUGUUCUACCACGGCCAGGAGUCCGCGCGCACGCUCGUCCCCGCUGGGAGGAUCCCGGCCAGGGACUCCGUGAACAUCUCCACGGUGCUGGACGUGGCGGCCAGCAGGGUGAUCGCCAAUCCAAGCUUUGCGGGCGACGUGCGCGCGGGGAUUCUGCCUGUGACCACGGAGAGCGCGAUCAAGGGGCGCGUCAAUGUGUGGAACAUCUACCGGCAUUCGAUGGUGAGCGUCUCCAAGUGCCAGAUCUUGCUGGCGGUGGCCAACCAGACCAUCGCGAGCUACAAAUGCGAAAACAAGAAUAUCUUCUAGGGGUGAUUAUUCGCCGGGAUAUUCUUUUUAGGGCUCUUGAGAUGAUUAUUCGUUGGGAUAUUCGUUUAGUGUUGUUGAUGUUGCAUAUUCUUAAUUAAACUUUCACUUUUAUCA